CUCAGCUACGCUAGUUAUUUCAUGAACUGUGGUUCCAGAGAACAAACAGAACCAUCACGGCCAUAAACACCUGCUUAUACCCACCAGCUUUACUCUUCUUCCAACUCAUCCAACACAAUCCCGCAUCAAACCCUCUGCUUGUUCCCGUUGCCUACCUCCUCCUGAUAGGCUCUGUUCUGGCCUCUCUAUUUGAUUAUUGUCUCAAACUCCCUGUCCCGCUCAUCCUUCAAGAGCUCUUUAUCCACAUCAUCUAUUCAUCAACCACUUGAUCCUCUACUGUCUUCUUCUUUUGCAUCUUCUUCUCCUCCUAUUCUCUCUUCUGCCUCUGGCAUCCACCGCAGACUCAGAUCCUACCAGGAAUUCUCUGUUAGCCUUGUCCGCUCGUUGACUCUUUUGUUUCAACUAUCACUUGAUAGCAAACCAGCGUGUUUCACUUGCUUUCCGAGCUGGUUCCGGAUCAUCACGUUCACAUCUGAGCACCUGGUCAAGAGGCAUUAAAUGCACAGAAUCCACAAGCUGAAGCCAACAUACAGCUUUGAAUUCCGGAUACUCCUCAUAUUCCACCAUCUGUCUAGUUCGUGACAGCCCAACUCUUCCAAGCCCUCAGCCAGAGCUGCUCCACAAGCAAGAACCAGCACAUCUGCUACCCCGCGCGCAACAAGACGGAAUCGUCUUGUCAAAUCAACCUCAGAACCAGUCUCUCUACCAUCUAUACCUACCUAGACAAUGACGGCAGGCAACGCUCGAUUAGUUCGUGCUCCUCCACCAUCCCCACCUCAAUCUCCAAGCGGUUACGCAGGCUCUGAAGCCCUCCAAGAACCAUCCGGCAUGUACUCUACGGCGUAUGGAAGCCAGCGGCCUUAUGGAGGCUCCGUACAAGCCAACGAUAUAUCCUUCGGAGAGCAAAGUUCCCUUUCAAUGACUAUGCAGUACGGCCCUACGAGUGAAUACUCCCAGAAUAUAUCCUUGCACCCGAUGCUUCCCAACGGUCCCCAGGUCAGCACUCCACCGGCGGAGGAACCUGGUAGCCUUGGAUCAACUGGAGGCCAUUGGGAAUCACCUUCCCGGAGAGCGAUUUAUUCAAAAGCAAGAGUGCAGAGGUCGCCCAAACAACGACGCAGGACAAAGAGGGGCAAGGACCGGGAGCCACGGGCCACUUUGCCCGGUCCUCUGAGCGAGAUCACAAAGCACAUGACAGAUAUCCCUCUCAAGGAUAUGGAGGAGCAUGUGCACCGCUCAAUUGAGAAACGUCAUAUGGAGGUGGCUGAGAAAGGCGGCAAGGUCGCCAGGCCGAUGAAUUCUUUCAUGCUCUACCGGUCAGCGUAUCAGGAACGGACCAAGCAAUGGUUCGCCCAGAGCAACCACCAAGUCGUUUCUGAAGUGACCGGUGAUAGUUGGGCACGAGAAUCCGCGGAGGUCAAGGCGAAGUAUAUCCGGCUGGCAAGCAUUGAGAAGCAAAACCAUCUGCGGGCCCACCCCGGGUACAAAUUCACCCCUACAAAGGACAAGAAGAAGCGAUCAAGCUCAGAAGACCGUUCUUUCCUUGACUACCGGGGCACGCCUUGCCGCAGUACCCCUGGUCGCAGCACACCCGGGAUGGACAGCAAUGGUUGGGACAGUAGCCGCUCGACUCCCUUUGACACUAUCGACCAUGGCUUGCCAACCACCGGAUACUUCCUUUCGUCGUGGCCCACAAGCAAUCCGAGCAGGUCGUCCUUCUCUGGCCCAAUGCUUACCUCUGAGCCGUCCCAAUAUGUUCAGCCAACCGCCAACCCAGCCCUCUUGGGAUAUCAUGUGGAGGAUGUACAUGCACGCAUGGGCAAGGUGGACUUGGAUGAGAUGCAGUACCCGUCGACCACACUCGCUGGACUGCCUGGAGCAGCCCACCAUGACCUCCUCCAACCCCAGACACAAAUGACAGGCCAACUCGACCCACAGCUCCUGGAAUAUUCUGGAGCUUCUUCCAACCAAGAGACUGGCCAGCUUUACGGAAACUCACACUACUCCUUGUGGCAGGAAUCUCCGGGCCAGAACAGCUAUGUUCCUGUCCAUACGGAGCCUAGCCCAACUCGUUUCACUGGUGCACCGGCCUCCCAGCAGGCAAUGGAUAACCGCUGGGCAUGGGAUUCGAGUCAGGGAAACUCUCUUGAUGCUGCUGGCGGUGAUUUUGAUAACUUUUUCAAUGAUUCCACGGGCUAUUGA